GAAGAGGGCCCAGAGCACUCCCAUGGCCCGCGCAUUCCUCACGUAGUUGGUAUGGUAGAUCCGGGCUGCUUCCUGAGCCGGCAGCAGCUUGGACAUGGCGGGGCUCCUGUCCCGGCCCCGCUCCCGGGGCGCCCGGAGCGGCCCCGCCCGGCAGCGGCAGCGGCAGCGGCUGGACCGCCCCGGGGGGCGGUGGCGGUGAGAGCUCCCCCACACCCCCAACGAGCCGGGGAGGACCCGGGAGGAGCCGGCACGACCCCCGCCCCCUGAGCCGGGGAGGGCGCGGCAGGAGGCGGGCGGCGCGGCUCGAGGUGGGGUCGCGGGAUGCGCUCCUGGGAUGGGUCCCCGGAAUGUGCCCCGAGGGUGUGCCCUGUGUCCCUGGAAUGCUCUCUCGGGAUUUGCCCUUUGCCUCCACCGUAUGCCCUACCAUGCACCCUAGGAUAAGCCAAAUAUCCCCAAUGUGCACCCUAGGAUCUGCCCUGCGACGCACCCUGGGCUGUGCACCAGAGUUGCAACCUGUGCCCUGCUGUGCACUCAGGGGUGCACUCUAUCCCCCGCCUUGCCCCAGAAACGUGCUGUGUGCCCUGCAAUGUACCAUGCACACCCAGGAUGUGUGGCAGGAUGUGCUGGGCUGCACUGUGUACCCCUGGAUGUGUCCCAGGAUGUGCCACAUGUCCCAGGAUGCAUGUUGGGAUGCACCCUGGGAUGUGUCUUGCCCCCCAGUAUGUGCUCCAGAAUGUGCCAAGGGCUGUGCCAUUAGCCUUGGGAUCCCACCAGGCUCUGCUGUGUGCCCUAGGAUAUGUCCCAAAUUCUGUGCCUCCUUGGGCUGCUCCCUUCCGGCCUCCCAGCUCAUGUCGCAAGGGUCUUCCCCCACUGGUGGGGAGUACAUAGGGUGCUGCAUCAUUGGGGUGGUGGACUGCAGGCCCUUUGACCCCCCAUUGUAGCCUAAAAUUGGCUCUUAAAGAAACCUUUAAGAGUCAAUUUGUGAGUUUUAGAAGCCGGGCAUUCUUUAUUACAAUGCGCUGUAUAAUCACAGCACUGCCCCGGGAAUCAGUUCACCGAAGUGCACACAGAGGUAUCAUCUUCACUACAGCUUAUAUGUCAGUGUUACGUGAUUAUUCAUUUUUCGUUCCUUGCAUUCUUGUUGCAUAUUUAUGACAUCGCUCAACGCUUUUUAGCAUGCAUACAUAUCCUUAUAUGGUCUUUGAGGGGCUUCAUCAGUGACCUCUGUUGGUUGUCCAUGUCUGGAACCCCCAAAGUUCUAAGUAACUGCCUUAUGAACUUCAAGACAAUACACCUGGUUAUAGAGGAACUGGGUGUUGCUUGGCUGGCUGCCUCAGUUCCCUUCUUCAUUGUUUCUUUACUUUGCCUGGUUAGCCCCUUUAAAUCACUUGGCUCAGCUAUAUGUAGUUUCUACGGUACAUUCCUCUGUAAAAAUUGUUAGUUCUUGUUGCAUCUCAAAACUCAGAUAUCACCAUCAGCUCCAGGGCUGACUGGGGCUGCAAGCAGGCAGGGGACCAUCCCCACAGUUUCACUGCAGAAAGGGAAAUGGCUCAUCCUGCUACAAGGACACACCAGAGUGUCAGCCAGCACCUGUGGUAGGGCCAGGUCUCUGCCCGAUCCCCAUGUUCCCAUGUCCCCAUGCCAGAGGAGCAUAGGCAGCCCUAAAGCCUACCCUGACAGGUUGCAGGCACUUGCAGCCACCUUGGGACCUCUCUUCAGGAGCCACAUCUGCCUCACAUCCCGAGAGACCACACAGGUUCAGCUCCUGUCAUGAGGACUGGACGCCACAAGCCAGCGUGACAGCCAUAGCCAGCGUCAUCCUCGGCAUCACCCCUGCAGCUGUCAAAGGUCAGGGCUGCCUGGCCAUUAAUCAUUGCUGAGAACAGCCAAGCAUGAAAAGCUGUGCUGUUCCCAGGGCUGUUUUCCUUUCAUCAGCUGCAGCCCCCAAGCACUUAAACAUAGAGCAAAUAUUUGGCAGGGCAGGGUGAGGUUCUGGCCCAUGGGCUGGGGACCUUGGUGAGCUCUGGAGCACUGAGAAAGGCCAGCAGGAUGCUUGCAGGGGGCCGAGCUCUCUCUUGUAUGCUUGGGUUUCUUGGCAUCUGUGAUCAUACCAUUUGAGUGAUGGAGGAUCUGGUGGUGGGCACUUUCUCAUGGAACAGAGUUCCUACCAUGGCACUAGCCCUCACUUUGCCUGGGAACACACCAGCAGAGCCCAGCAAGGAGGGCAUUUCAGAGAACCUCAGCUCCACAGCUCACCGUUGCCAAGGUAAGGGAGAGGAGGGAGGACUGGAAGAACAGGACUGCCGUUACUUUGCAUUCACUUUGGCCAAAGGAGCUGCCAAAGGGCAGGUUGACAUCGCCAGCAAGGGACAGUCACCUGGGAAUGGGAGCUGGUAGCAUUGGUAGCACAGGCAUCACUGUUUCCCUGCCCUGGGCGGUGCAGCACUGUCCUAAUGCCACGAGUUGAGAUGUGAUAGGAGCAGCCACGUCAGCUGAUGGAGACACCGGCUAUAAAGCGCCUGCUGGCCCCAUGGUGGAGGCACAAGGGAGCCCACCAUGGCCAACAUGGUGCCUGUCUGCCUGCUCCUGGCCCUGAUGCUCCUGGCCCCAGCCCUGUCAGCACAGCAGGAACGAGGGCUCAUCUUCAACUUGGUAAGAGGAGACUAACCAUGAUCUUGGCACAGUGGGGGUUGCUCCAGUGCUGCAGUGGGGCACACAGAGCAUGGAGGGUUGGAGGUGUCUGCGGUGCUUUGGCCUCUGGCAGCAGUUAUGUGAGGGACCCCCAGGAUGAUGGAUGCAGACACCAAGAGCAAAACUUAUCGUGUCUGGGAAAACUGAGGCGGGUGGGGAUGACGUGCCGGGUUUUCCAGAGUUGUGAGAGAUCUUGGAUCCCGGAAAAGCAGCUGUGUAAAGGAAUAGGGAAGUCAUAGAGCAGAUGAAACUGAAGCUCUCAGCUGCCUGAGCCAGACAGAACCCCCACCCUGGGUGGCUCACGGGGACUGGGGAGGGGAGACGCUUUCCUGUGGUGUCUCAGCCCUGCUCCCAUGAGCCCCACAAAAACAGCACUUCAGUGGGUGGCAUUUUGGGCCAGACUGAGGAAAUGCUGCAGACUGGGAGACUCAGGCAUGCUGGCAGUGGUGCUGACCCUGAGCUGAAAGGCAGAGCUGAUGUUCGACACCCACCCAAACCCCCUGGGCCCACAGCUAGGGAGGGAUCAAGGGGGGACAGAGAGGGACCUGGUGGUCAAACCCUGCCUUGUCAUGCAGGAGAUUGGGGAGCUGUGCCUGCAGAGUGCCCAGUGCAAGAGCGGCUGCUGCCACCGGGACAGUGGCCUCAGCAUGGCUCGAUGUGCACCGAAGGCAGCCGAGUUCCAGGAAUGCACCCCAAAGAGCAUCUAUGGGGUCUAUUACAAGUGUCCCUGCGAGAGUGGCUUGACCUGUGAUGCUGAUAAGACCAUCGUGGGCUCCAUUACCAACACUGACUUCGGCGUCUGCAAGGACCCCCGGGGCUUCUACAGGUCCAGUGCCUAUGCCAGGAGACCAUGACCACUGAUGAGGCCACCAAGACGGAAGGGGAGGUGCAG